AUGGCAUUCAAGUGUUUGUCUCAAAAGGUGGCACAGGCCAUUGACGAAGAGCUCAUGUCAUCGGGUGGUUUCUCCGUCGACCAACUUAUGGAACUUGCUGGUUUAAGCGUAGCACAAGCUGUACAACGAACGUAUGAUAGAACGCAGUUCCCCAACGUCUUAGUAUGCGUGGGACCAGGCAAUAACGGCGGUGAUGGGCUGGUUGCUGCACGUCAUUUGUAUCAUUUCGGUUACAAGCCUUCAUUGUAUUAUCCAAAACAGCCAAACAAGGAUCUUUAUCAGCGUUUAUUAGUACAAUGCAAUCAGCUUGGUUUAUCAGUACACGAGUCAUUCGCUGACAAGACGGUGGAGGAAGCUGAUGUCCUUGUGGAUGCUGUAUUUGGUUUCAGUUUCAAAGGUGAUGUGCGCGAUCCUUUCAAGGAAGUAGUCAAGACGUUCGAGACGACAAACAAACCCAUUGUCUCAGUGGAUAUCCCAUCAGGCUGGGAUGUGGAACAAGGCCCUAGCAACAAUGUCAAAUUCCAACCCGAUGUCCUCGUCUCUUUGACAGCUCCAAAGAUUUGUGCAAAUCAUUUCAAGGGGAAGCGCCAUUUCUUGGGCGGUCGAUUUGUUCCACCUGCCAUUGCAAAGAAAUAUGAUUUCGAAGUCCCUCCUUUCCAUGGCUCAGAUCAAGUAGUAGAGCUUCCCCUAGCAGUUGGAUCACCGUAA